AUGGCUACUGCUAAACUUAUUGCCAGUUUUGUUUUCUUUGCGUUGUUGGGUUUAGCUGCAUGCUCAGCCGCUCGACCACUCCUUACCACUCUAGAGGGCGAUGUCAACUUUGGUCCAGGUCACGGCAUUGACGGUGUCGUUGCUGGAGAUUAUGGUGGUGGUGGAUACGGAGGAGGUGCCGGAAGAGGGGAAGGUGGUGGUGCUGGACACGGAGCUGCUGAUGGUGGGGAUUGUGGUGUAAGUGGAAGUGGCAGUGGAGAAGGCCGUGGCGGUAUUGUAGGUGGUGGCAGUGGUGGAGCCGGAGGGAGUGAUGCAAAGGGAUAUGGCAGUGGAAAUGGAGGUGGAGUUGGUGGAGGAUAUGGAGGUGGCGGUGGAAGUGGCGGUGGCAGCGGAGGGGAUGCCGGAGGACGCGGUGAAGGAGUCGGAGCCGGAUAUGGUAUUGGAGGUGGAGGUGGAGGUGCGGGUGGCGGUAGCGGCAGCGGUGGAUAUUACCCUUGGGAUUAA